AUGAACCGCCUCAACGACGUCUACGCGGCUCUCGUCCAGCUCGUCCGCCGCAACCCACAGCUGACGGCCGCCACGGCCACGACAGCCCUGCUGGCAUGCUCCCUCCAGCUCUACCGCGACUACAACCUGUUCCUUUCGUACGGACCUGGCGGACCCCCUCACAAUGUCUACGGAUGGCUCUUAUCUCGUUUCCUGGUCACCCCGUUCUCGUGGAACAUGUUCAGUACCACCAUGUACGACACGAGUAUCCGGCGCGGCGAGACUGAGAGCUAUCUCGAGACUCCUCUGCCGAAACGCAAGGGCGAGAGACCGAGGGUAGGACCGCAUGCUAUUCCACAAAGACAGAUGGAUCAGUUUCCACCAGACCAGAUGAGGGGGGAACUAAUGAGCUCGUUCAUGGCCCUGGCAAGCUCCAAUAAGGAGAGCGUCAGGAUCUCCCCCUCCAAUCUGGAAAGACACACAGAAGCAAUGUGGCUGGCCGAUUGUAUCCAGCCUACACCAUCUGCCGCCCGCUGGACGAACGGCGAGUUCGCCCACAUCCACGCAACGGGCGAUCACUCGCUGCAUGUCGUCUUGUCGCCUGCAGACGCCAAACAGGUCCUCGCCGCGGGAUGGGGACAGCGCCAUGCCCUCAUGGGAUGGGGAAGUCUGGUCUCCUACGCGCCGAAUCUGCUUCAUAUGCCGACGGGGUAUGUCUUGGUUUAUGCCCCGCGGGACGAGGAGGAGCUGCAGCUUGUUUUGCGUAUUGUCAAAGCGAGUAUGCGUUUUAUGACGGGGAGGGAGGUCAAUUGA